AUGACAGUGUUAAAUCGAAGCGACGCCGCUUUAUUGGCCUCUUGUGUUGGCGGAUCAAUUUUGUCGUAUAAUGCUAUAAAAGCUCUCUACAAUUACCUAAAACCAGAGCCCGGCUGGGUGCCAAUUGGCCGAAUCAAGGAGCUGUACAUUUUCCCGUUAAAAUCAGGAAAGGGCAAGCCGGUCUUUUCCUUAUACUGUAACGAGACUGGUUGUUUCGAAAACGAAAAUGGCGAUAGGAUGUUUAUGGCCACGGAUCCGAGCGGGCAUUUCUUCACCGGUCGAGGCAAGCCGAUGUUGAAUCAGAUUGGGGUGGAUGUUUAUGACGGCGUCGCGCACCUCACAUUCAAAGAUGAGAAAGUCGAGUUCCGGAUCGAUGAUGUGAAAAAUAAUAAUGCUGUGUUGAAUGCGACCAUGUUCUUCCAAAAGCGCCACGACGGUUUCGAUUGUGGAGAGGAAGCAGCAAAGCUCGUCACAAAGUGCAUCGGGGAACCCGGACGCCUCGUGCUCUACUCACCAGAGCUCUACAAUGGACGGGAGGUGACGACCAAUCCCAAAUGGUGGAAUAAUAACCCAGUGCCGCAUCGGAAGACAAAGGCAAGAUACACCAACCUAACUCCCCACAUGCUUUCCACCCAAGCCUCCCUUGACACUUUGAACGAUUUCUCGAAGAGGACGGGAGGGGAUGAGCUCACAAACAUCCAAUUCCGCGCCAACAUCGUCAUCGAGGGUUGCCCAGCUUGGGAUGAAGACAAAUGGGAUACCUUACGCUUCGGCCCACAGCCCAUCAAGGGCGUCACGGAGAUCCAGUGCAUAAAGCCGUGUGAGAGGUGCCUUGAAAUUGACGCCGACCCGAAUACGGGCAUCCGGAUGAAAGAGGACGCGCCGCUGGCAAAAUUGAAAGAGUUCCGAAUGCCGAUCGGCAACAUGCUGGAAUCGUUGGGGCGGCACCCGAUUUUUGGAGUUCAGGCCGCCCAAAACGUCAACGGCUUCGUGCACGUCGGCCAGACGGUGUGGGCGAAAUAUAAGCCGGCCGCUUUU